AUGGCAAUUUCGUCGCAGCCUGAUAUCUCCGGCGAACGUCAAUCAGGCCAAGAUGUUCGAACUCAAAAUGUUGUAGCUUGUCAAGCUAUUGCGAACAUUGUGAAGUCUUCGCUUGGCCCUGUUGGCCUCGACAAGAUGCUCGUCGAUGAUAUUGGUGACGUGACAAUUACUAAUGAUGGUGCGACGAUAUUGAAAAUGCUGGAGGUUGAACAUCCUGCUGCCAAGGUUCUUGUUGAGCUGGCAGAAUUACAAGACCGAGAAGUGGGAGAUGGCACAACAUCUGUGGUCAUCAUAGCUGCAGAAUUGCUGAAGAGAGCUAAUGAUUUAGUGAGAAACAAGAUUCAUCCAACAUCGAUAAUCAGUGGUUACAGGCUUGCUAUGAGGGAAGCAUGCAAAUAUGUUGAUGAGAAAUUGGCUGUAAAGGUUGAAAAGCUUGGCAAAGAUUCACUGGUGAACAGUGCCAAGACCAGCAUGUCCUCAAAGUUGAUAGGUGGUGACAGUGACUUCUUCGCAAAUCUGGUUGUUGAAGCUGUACAGUCAGUAAAAAUGACAAAUGCAAGAGGCGAAGUUCGGUAUCCAAUCAAGGGAAUCAAUAUUCUUAAAGCCCAUGGGCAAAGUGCCAGAGAUAGCUAUCUACUCAAAGGGUAUGCUCUGAAUACAGGGCGUGCUGCACAGGGAAUGCCCUUGAGGGUUGCCCCUGCUAGAAUUGCUUGCCUUGAUUUUAAUCUUCAGAAGACUAAAAUGCAAAUGGGAGUCCAAGUCUUAGUCAAUGACCCCCGGGAGUUGGAAAAGAUCCGUCAGAGAGAAGCUGACAUGACAAAAGAACGUAUUGAGAAGCUUCUAAAGGCAGGAGCAAAUGUGGUCUUAACCACUAAAGGAAUUGAUGACAUGGCAUUAAAGUACUUUGUGGAAGCUGGUGCCAUAGCUGUUAGACGAGUUCGCAAGGAAGACCUACGCCAUGUUGCCAAGGCAACUGGUGCUACAGCGAUCUCUACUUUUGCUGAUAUGGAAGGGGAGGAAACAUUUGAUUCAUCACUUCUAGGAUAUGCUGAGGAAGUAGUGGAAGAACGUAUUGCCGAUGAUGAUGUGAUUUUAAUAAAAGGGACCAAAACCUCAAGCGCGGUUUCAUUAAUACUAAGAGGUGCCAACGAUUACAUGCUAGAUGAGAUGGACAGGGCUUUGCAUGAUGCCCUUUGCAUUGUUAAGAGAACUCUGGAGUCUAACACAGUUGUUGCUGGUGGAGGUGCUGUCGAGGCUGCCUUAUCCGUGUAUCUGGAAAAUUUGGCUACUACCUUGGGAUCCAGAGAGCAACUGGCAAUUGCAGAAUUUGCUGAAUCUUUAUUAAUAAUACCCAAGGUCCCCCGACUUUCGUUACUCUAG